ACUCUAGUCACUUAUUUGCAUUUACACACGCCUCCUUCUUCUUCUUCUCCUCUCUCCUGCCUUCUCUCUGUUUCUGUAGCCUUUCUGAUUCUUAAGAUUUGCCUUUAGUCAACUCUCUGUUUCUUUGGAUCUGAGCUAACAAAGAUCUUUGAUUUUCCACUGAAAUUUGAGUAUAUACCUAGUUAUCUGUGGAUAGACAGAACAACAUGCCUUGGUUGAGUAAAUCAGUUGAUGUGUUUCGCAAUGUUGUGCGAUUGAAUUUGUAUUGCAGGGUUAUUCUGUAAAUUAUUGCUCCCACUGAAUACUGAACCUCAAUAUUUAGACACUUGCCUUGUCAUUCUUCUCCUGAAUGUUCAUGAGAUCCAGUUGCUUUUGUCUUUUGUUGUUGAUUUUUACAGUAUUCUCAGAUAACUAGAAAUAACUUUAGUUCAAGGUGAAGCUCCCUUUGUUACUCUCUUUGUUUGAUCCUAAGUUCUAAUUCAAGGUUUCUGUUUCAUCCUCAUUUUGUUUCAGUAAAAUUCCUAUCCAUAUUUCAGCUUUAUUCAAGCUUGCCAUUCUCUUAGUUCUAUUUUAUUGGGUAAUUGUCUUGUGUUGUUACUUACAUCUGGAUAAAUAUAGUUUUGAGUGGUCAAAAGAAGUUAUGGUGUGCCAAGCAGCAAGCCAAACAAGAUUUCGGGCGUUAAAGUAUGAGAAUGGAAUUGCUGGAAAACCGAUAAUUAUGGUUAGAGUCAUUGCAUGUUAUCAACAAUUGCAAGAUUGCCAGGUUAGUGUUACCUGCCUUUUAUCCUUGAUUAAUCACUUAAUUAUUUGUGUGAUGCAGUACUACGUAAUUUUCCAGUUGUCAAAUUCUUACAUAUUUUUGGCUAUAACGGUACUCAAAUUUUUGUGGUUAAUUAAUUAUCAUUAAGAACCCAUGAAUUAUUCUUUCCAUGUUUGUGUUUCUUUUUCCAGGCUGAGUACUUCCGCCACUUGCUUAAACCUGUCACGUAGAUUGAUUAUAAAGUUGUGUUAUAGUAUCAAGCUGGAAAUUUGUAGUUUCUCCUUCAUUUUUUUUUUACUUCCAUUGUUCCUGAAAGAAGCAGCAAACUAAUUCAAUAUUGCAUAUUGAAGCUUGAAUCUUGGUAUGUUUGAAAUUUUCUUACUGGUUCUGAAUCUAAAAUGAUCAAAAGUUCAUCAUUUAUUAUGUCUUUUAUUUUGUCAUAUACAGGUAAUUCUUUUGGUUAUAUGGUUAAAGCCAACCUGUUCCCACCACAUUGUACUUGGCAAUCACCAAAUUUCAACUGCAUGAGCACAUCAGUAGAUCCGGUGGAACCAGUAUGUUUGCCAGCAUGUGUGAAUCCUGGCUCGUACACAUUUUCUGCAAACAUGAUGAUGCCAGGGAUUGCAGUCCCAUGCAUCCCAGGUUUGAAGACACAGCAAAGCAAUCGAGCCCAAGGCUUGCCUCAAAGUUUGCGCCCUGUCUUCCAGAAUUUGCUUCCAGCUGUGAAACCAUAUCUCAAAGAAAACUUAUCUGUUUUUCCUUAUGGGUGUGCUGGGGAGGUUGUACCUAAUCAAAUCCCUGGAUGCCGGCGGAGAUUUGUUAUUUUUGACCAGUCUGGAAAUGAAACAAGUUUAAUAUAUAGUUCGUUUUUCCCUACUGAUGUGAAACCAACUAUAGUGGCUAGGAAAUGCAUUGGUGAUUCUUAUUUGCAAGAUGAAGAACAUGCAGCUAAAAUGGACCAAAUCAAUCAAACAGUGCUGAAGUUGCAGGAGGUAUCAGAUGAGAAUCACUUAAGUGGUGAAGAAAGUGAGAUGCAUGAAGACACUGAAGAAAUCAACGCCUUACUUUACUUAGACGAUGAUGGUGAUAAUGAUGAUUAUGAUGAUGAUGAUAAUAGUAGUGGUGAUGAAGUAACAAGCACCGGUCACUCUCCCAUUCAGGUUAGAAGUUGUCAGACGCGAGUAGAAGUAGAGGAAAUAACAGAGGAAGUCGCUGGUUCUGAUGGCCAAAGCAAAAGGCAGAAAUUGCUUGAUGGUGUGUACAAAAGAACAUCACUAGCGGACACUGCUAGUUUGACAAAAGUGGCCGGAGUUCAUGGGUGUGAUGAUAAUGAUGAUGAAUCAAGCUAUGCUAUUGGGCAAAACCAAGAAGAAGAAAGGCUUGCCUUCUGGGGCAGCAAGCAAUUGAAAAAGGAUAAGGUUCGUGCAACAUUAAAAAUUCUGGAGAGCAUAAUCCCUGGUGCAAAGGACAAGGACCCACUGGUGGUCCUUGAUGUAGCUAUUGAUUACUUGAAAUCUUUGAAGUUUGAAGCCAAAACUCUUGGAGCGAACUACUGUUAAGUUUCGUUCCCUCCAACUUUCAUAGUGUUAUGUUGGCUAGUGGGUGCAAAGAAGAAUGAAGAAAAGUAGCAACCCUAGAGUUCUUGGCUUGAAUGAUUGAUGAGUUGGAAAUAAUAGCUUUUCUGAUGUGGGGUACUCUUUAGACUUUUUCCCUCAGGAGCUGUGUAUAAUCUGCUAAUAAAAGGAGAGUAGUGGGAAGAUAUAGUACUUUGCUUGCAGGGUGAAGAAAAAAAAUAGAGUUUUAUAAGUUGAUCAGAAAUGAUUAAAGAUUAUCAAAAGUAAAGAUUUGAACGUAUGGAGUGACGCAAGUGCUGAAUUGUGCUAUAAAUGAGAGGAUUUUAUUUCUUAAGUGUUGAGAAGCCCUAUGGAUAUGCAUGCGCGUUAGGUAAUUCGGGUCCCACUCUCCAUUCAUUUUCUUUGAUUUAAUGCAUUUGUCUUCCUCUCUUUGCCCUCACACAAAUCAUAUUGAGCUCCAUUAAAAUACCGAAAAAAGUUUCAAAUGAAGCGUGGUGUCUCGCCAUGAAUUGUUGGGGUCCACACUUCUGAUCACAUAGUUGCUUGUGUGUCUUCACCCGUGAGUGUGGGUGGUGGCUAUGUAACUUGUGCAGUAUAUCAUGUGAUCAUGGUCAUUCAGUGAAGCCCUUAGUUCCCAAGAUGGGAUUUGUCAGCUUUGUAUGCUCAUUAUUUGUUGUGAGUGUGAAUUUGGUGUUCGGCAGUAGAGUGUGGAGUAUUGAGUUGAAUGUAUUUUAUCUUGGCUGUUUUUUCUUCUGUUCUUCCUGUUGUCCUAUGUAGGACGAUUUUAUGUCUGUAUUGAAAAAGAGAACAUGACUUGUUAUGAUUUUAUAAAUGUAGAGAUGUUUUCUUGUGA